UCCGGUGCGCCGCUGCUCCAAGUCCGCCCGGCCGAUUGCUUCUCUCGCGCCACGGAAGAGGAAAGGGGGAGGGGGGGCAGAGACAUGGCGGCGGCCGAAGACCUCCAUCGCCCACUGCCGCUCUUAAUGGCGGGUUCCCCUGCGGCGCCCACACCCAGCGCCUCCUCCUCUUCGCAGGGCCUGAGCGGAGGAGGAGGGGGGCCCGGGCCCAACCCUCUCUCCCGGAAGCUCCGCAAAGUGCUGGAGACGCGCCUGGAGGCCGACAAGGAAAUGUUGGAAGCACUCAAGGCUCUUUCAGCCUUUUUUGUAGAAAAUAGUUUGCGUACCAGAAGAAAUUUACGCGGGGAUAUCGAACAUCGCAGUUUAGCCAUAAAUGAAGAAUUUGUCUACAUUUUCAAGCAAGUGAAAGAGGAGCUUGAAGGCAUAAAUGAAGAUGUGCAGUUCAUGAAUAACUGUUGUCAGGAGAUGACUAAUCACUUAAAGGCAACCAAAGAGCAAACCCAGGAUUUAAUAGUGAAGACAACUAAACUUCAAGCAGAGAACCAAAGACUGGAAUUAAAAGCACAAAUAGCAGAUGCUUUCAUAACAGAGUUCCAGCUUUCUCCAGAAGAGAUGAACAUCCUUCGAGGUGCAAGAGAUGGGCCUGUUACAGAGAAUUUUUUUAAAGUAUUGGGAAGAGUCAAGCAAAUUCACAAUGAUGUCAAAAUCCUUCUCCGUACAAACCAGCAGAGAUCAGGCCUGGAGAUUAUGGAACAGAUGGCUUUGCUUCAAGAGACUUCAUAUGAGCAACUCUACCGAUGGGCACAAGGUGAAUGCAGGGCUUUAACCCAAGAAUCCUGUGAUAUUUCUCCAGUUCUAGCACAAGCAAUGGAAGCUUUACAAGACAGGCCUGUUCUGUAUAAAUACACUCUUGAUGAGUUUGCAACUGCCAGAAGAAGUGCUGUGGUCCGUGGUUUCAUAGAUGCUCUCACCAGAGGUGGUCCCGGGGGCACCCCCCGACCCAUCGAAAUGCAUUCCCAUGAUCCUUUAAGAUAUGUAGGAGAUAUGUUGGCAUGGCUGCAUCAAGCUACAGCUUCUGAAAAAGAGCACCUGGAAGCCCUGUUAAAGUACAUCACUACUGAAGGAGUAGAAGAAAACAUGCAAGAAGUGGUUGGACAUAUCACAGAAGGAGUUUGCCGACCUCUCAAGGUUAGAAUUGAACAGGUGAUAGUGGCUGAACCAGGAGCAGUUCUUCUAUACAAAAUUUCUAAUCUUCUUAAAUUCUAUCACCAUACCAUCAGUAAUAUUGUGGGGAACAGUGCUGCUGUGCUCUUAACAACCAUAGAAGAGAUGCAUCUGUUGAGUAAAAAGAUAUUCUUCAAUAGUUUGGGCCUUCAUGCAAGUAAACUGAUGGAUAAGAUCGAAUUGCCACCUGCAGACCUUGGCCCAAGCUCUGCGCUGAACCAAACACUUGCCCUGCUGCGUGAGGUUCUAGCAUCUCAUGACUCCUGCGUUAUUCCUUUGGAUACUCGUCAAGCUGACUUUGUACAGGUCCUCUCCUGUGUGCUGGAUCCGCUGCUACAGAUGUGCACUGUCUCUGCUAGUAACUUAGGAUCUGCUGACAUGGCAACCUUCAUGGUGAAUUCACUUCAUAUGAUGAAGACAACACUAGCUCUGUUUGAAUUCACAGAUAAACGGCUUGAAAUGUUACAGUAUCAGAUCGAAGCACAUCUUGAUACCCUUAUAAAUGAGCAAGCCUCUUACGUUUUAACUAGAGUGGGACUCAGCUACAUAUAUAAUGUUGUACAGCAACACAAGCCAGAACAGGGUCCCUUGGCAAAUAUUCCCAGUAUGGAUGCAAUGUCCUUAAAAGCUGCAAUGGUCCAGUUUGAUCGUUAUUUAUCAGCACCCGACAGCCUGCUAAUGCCACAGAUAAAUUUUCUCCUGAGCACUGCUGUUAAACAGCAGAUAAUAAAACUGUCCACAGAACUUGUCUGCAGAGCUUACAGUGAAGUAUAUGCAGCUGUGAUGAAUCCUGACAAUAAAUAUAAAGAUCCAGAAACACUAUUGCACAGAUCGCCUCAUCAAGUUCAAGCACUUCUCUCCUAAUCUUUUCAUUAGAAACAUUCCUUAUGAUACUCUCACUGUUUACAAUCAGAAUACAGUCAUGAUAGGUAGGCACCGACCAUGUGGUUUUUAUGCUAAUGGCACUCAUGCAGUUGGACUACAGAUGGGUGCAAAGUUACUUGGCUGAAAUCUUGUUGGUUUUAGAGGGAUUAAACUGCUUGUUUAUGUGCAGGAUUGAGCAUGUUAUUUGACAGAUGCAAGAGCAAGAUUGGGAUUUAAAAUUGAAUUUAACUUAUUUAUAUAUUUGAAAAAAACAUUGUGAUAACAUUCAGGCUUGUUGGGAAGGGGGAAAAGCGCAGUAACUAUUUGUGGUGUUGAUGAAAAAAAUAAACAGGGUAAACCCAAAACACUUCGUGCUUUUAGUGGCUUAACAUGCUUGGCAUUGUGCUGACAUUCUUUUCCUUGCCAAUUUGGGGGGGGGGGGGACCCUUCAGGGCGAGACUUUAGCCUAAUAUGGUUAAAAUCCCAGUAGUUGGAUGUAUCCCAUCUUGCCCAUGGUUUCUUGUUGUUGUUAUUGUGCAGCCUUUUAGUAGUUUCUGAUCUAUGGAGGGUGGUCAUGUCAUAGGGCUUUCUGAUAUCAAAGAGUGUGGUUUGCCCAAGGUCAUUCUCAAUGGGUUUCAUGGUUGAGUGAGGAUUCAAAUCCUGUUCUCCAGAGUUUGAGUAGUCCAGCACUCAAACCAUGAUGUCACAUCAGGUUUGUAACAGAAAUGAAAAUCUGAAGUCCUAGACUUGGAAAAUCUAAAUCGUUAACCAAAUACGUUUGCAAGUAUUGAUCUUGCAUAGAAUAACUAUUUCCUCUGGCCUUGUAGGAUGGAGGCCCGAACGUGUCCACUAUCUCAAGAUUUUAAAUUAUAUGGGAGAGCUAGAUCACCUCAACAGGACUUCCCAAUAGAGCUGUCCAAUCUUUCCCAGUGUGGAGCAGGAGGAGGAUGGAGACACAAAGAAGUUAUUAUUUUCUCUCCUAGAACCAAUCCAAAACGAUACACAAACUUGCUGAUGAAAAUGAGAUUGAGGGGAUAGAUGUUGCUUGCAUUUCCUUCUGUCCCCAUUUAUGGCAUUGGAAUUGCAGUGCAUGAAUGAAAUCCAAAUAGUUAUUGUUUCAAGCUCUGUCCAUCGUUUCCCUUCAUACAAUGGAAAGCGAAAUGUCUGCAGUGAAAUGUCAGUUAAAAUGGCAUUUAGCAUAUUUUUCUUUUCUUUUACUUUUCAAAAAAUGAAAGUGCACUAAGCCUUAUGGCUUCUGAUGAUCCAGAAGCAUCAGGUUCUUCAGAGAUCAACGGACUUUGUCCAUAGGUUGUUCCAGACUGAAUUGAGGCAUUUUAAACUAUUCUGUACUCUUCAAUGGAACUUAGGAUCUGCCCUGUGGUAUCCGUGUUAUUUUAUGAUUCCUAGUUCACCUCUUUAUGGCAGCACCAAGGGAAAUGUAUCCUAUAAGCCUGGGUUUAGGAAACCUCAAUCUUUUCCACACAUACAGGGACCCGCAGUGAGUCCCAAUUUAAUCAGUGGCAUCUAAAUUAUGGCUGUCUUGUCUUGUUGACUUCAGUGAUAGCCAAUGUAUUCUGAAUCUAUCACAGAGAAAUAUAUCAUAGAUAUUUUAAUUCAUGGGGAUUUCCAAGUAUUUGCACAUGUGAUGAAUAUAUGUUUUCCACAUCAGAUCAGCGAGUAAAUGAAACAAUCUUGAGCCUGAUAAUGUUUCUUAAAAAAAAAAAUUAAAUUCUGCAGUGAUGCAGUUACACUUGUAAUCGCUAAUGUAAGUAGCAUUGAAAAUAUGGGUUGAUAUUAAAAGGUUCAGUUUGAAAUUCACUGGACUGUGGUUCUAAUAAUUGCAAGUAAUUUGUCUGUAAAUAAAUCCUAUAUUUUUAUAUAAAAUAUCUCAAUUCAAUAAAAGAUGUCAUCUAAAUGUGA